GUUUUUUGUUCGUGACGCACGAUGACUAAUAAUUCACCGUUGGUACGGUAUCUAGUAAGCCGGCUUUGUUAGUUCAGCACGCUACAAAAGUACUUCUCCCCUUUCCAUUCGCUUCGGAAACAAUUUCCCUGCAGUUUUCCCCAUUUUCUUGUCCCGUGCGGCCAUCUCAAUCGAGCUGAAAUGUCUGAUCCUCGCCUGCGCCAGCUAACCAUCAAAACAGGUGUUGUGAAGCGUCUGUCCAAGGAAAAGGUCGUGUACGAGAAGGAAGUUGUAACGCAGCAGAACCGCAUCGACAAACUGAAAGCUUCCGGCUCGGACGACCAUGUGCUGCGCAAGCAGGAAGAGGUACUGCAGGAAUCUAUGAUGAUGAUUCCGGACUGCCAGCGACGUUUGGCUAAAGCGCACGAAGAGCUGUCGGAAAUGAUCAAAAACGAGGAGGAGCUGAAGGAAACGGAGCAGUAUCAAGCGGCCGUGGCUGCGCUGGAAGAUGCCAAAGUAAAUUUGCCGCAAAAGAUUACUGCAUAACCGCUUCUCUUGCCGUGCUGGAGAACUAGUUUUAAGG